AUGGGCGCGCAUUGCGGACGCUUCAUUCAGGCAUGCAAACAUCUCCGCACAAUCCAGUUCCGUGCGGGGACUCACUUCGGAGGGCGCACGUGUGAGCUGUGGGACAAAGCAGAUAAGGUUGUGCUGACAAUUUUUGCUGGCACUUGGAACAUGGGAAAUGCACAGCCUCCGGAUGAUCUGCGGGACUGGUUGCAGCCUGGCUAUGACAUAUACUUGAUCGGAGUGCAGGAAUGCAACUAUCACCCACGACCGUGGCUGGACACUUGCGCAAGAGAUUGGCGUGCAACUGUGGAGGAAAACUUGCCAGGUUUAGUACAGGUUUGCAAGCACGAGAUGGGCCACUGCCAGAUCCUCUGCUAUGCCACCGACAAAGUCAGCCGAUCAAUUCACAACGUGGCAGCAAGUCAUGAGGAAACAGGACUCGGCGGCUUCCUUGCCAACAAGGGCGGGCUAGCGCUGUCAUUCUGGAUCGGGGAUACAAGCAUCUGUUUCGUCUGCUCGCAUCUGGCAGCCCAUCAACGCAACAUCGAUCGUCGCAACAGUGACACGGCGCACAUCAUCGAAGGCAUUUGCCUGACAAAAGACCAGCUCAGGCCACUCACGCAUCAGUUUACGCAUGUGUUCUGGGUCGGGGAUCUGAACUACCGCAUUGACCUGGAUCGAGAGGCUUGCGAGGAGUUGAUCUGCGAGCAUGCCUGGGAAAAGCUACGGGAACACGAUCAGCUGUUGAAGGUGCAGCAAGAGGAAAAAGCCUUCUGGACAUUCCAAGAAGGUCCUCUGAACUUUGCGCCGACAUACCAGCACAUUCCAGGUAUGGGGCCUGAUCCUGAGACAGGCCUACGCCCAUAUGAUCCCAAGAAGGGUCGGGUGCCUUCAUGGACAGAUCGUGUAUUAUGGCAGUCGUUUCCUGAUGUGGAUGUCACACAGCUACCAGGCUCUUACACCAGUUCUCCUACGUUAUGCACCAGUGACCACUCGCCCGUCAGUGCGGUGUUUCAAUUGCCCCUGAACAAGCCCUUCCGCAUCCAAGAAACCGCUGGCUUCCUGUACAUUCAGAUUCAGAAUCUGCGAGCGACAGGGCUUCCUCCUGGCGACCAUCAUGUCUCCUUCUGGGGGCAGUACUGUGAAGGAACCAAGCACACCACAAAUGCAACGAGCAAGGAUGGUUGUGCCCAGUUCAGUAGGGUCACGCUUCGGACCAGGCCAGGCGUUUGCAGCUCUAAGUGGGUGCAAACACGCCACUUGCUAGUUGCCAUCUACAAAGUGGAUGAUGCCCUGGAAAGCGCUCACAUGAAGUCACACCCAGUGUCCACGCUCAUGGCGAUGACCGGGUUGGUGGAAGGUUUCGAGGAGCCGGAUGGUUACGGCGUCGUGAGCUUACGCGGCGCGGGAGCUGGCAAAAGCUUCACUGCUGCUCUAAGCAACAGCUGGGGCUACCAUGUGGGGAGCUUGCAUGGCGAGGUCAAGAUUAGUACUUUUCCCACCGUAGAGUCCCGCUCGGACUUCGAGAUUGCCAACGUUCUUCCGAAGACUCCAACGUGGGAGACACCGUCAAAUGUGAACGCAAGGCUAGAAGACUCUGGAGAGCAAUUGUCCGGCUGCUGCUUGAAUGUCAAGACAAUGCGAUUCAUGUGA